ACUGCUAUCGGGCAGCAGAUUAUCGCUGGGUACAGGUCAAUAUUUAUGGAAGGCAUUGAUUGCACGAUUGCGCCGCUGAUUGUUCUUCCCCUUACAUCUCUUUCUCACUUCCAUCCCCGCCUUCCACAGAUCUGAUCCACUCCCCCCACCUUCCCCUCGUCCUUGGCCUCGUCAUGAGCACCUCCACGGCUCUCAUGGCGGCGGCAUCGCUGCUGCUGCUGCUGGUGUCGCUGGCGGCGGCGGCGGACAUCCAGAUGGCGCACAGGGAGAGGAGCGAGGAGGAGACGCGGCGGAUCUUCGUGGAGUGGAAGGCCAAGUACGGGAGGAGCUACGACUCCAUCCGCGAGGAGGAGCGCCGGUACGCGAUCUUCAAGGACAACCUGCUGCGGAACAUCGAUCAGCAGAGCGCCGCCGGGAUCGAGCGGCAGCUCAACAAUUUCUCCGACCACACCCAUGAAGGUGGAUCCAAUUUGACUGGAGCAUCCGCCUUCAAGCGAGACGCAACGGGCCGGCCUAGUUCGGGGCUCCGCUGCACACGCGUAAAAGAUGCCAUACAAUCAGAAAGAAAAAAAAAAGGAAGCCCGCUGAAAUGAGCUCGUGAGCAUGGGUUGGCCAAUUUGCGCCUCGCUUCAGGCGUCCGGUCGUGUAUUUGAGGUGUGUCAAAUAGGAGCACUCCUUCACUCGUGCUACAAUGACUUACAACGGUAGGCUACCUUGAGCAUUGUUGGGCUGAAACAUCUACAACACCCAUUGAUGCCCAUUGAACUUGUGGUUUGGUUUGCGCUCCCUCUCCUGGAGCAAGAUGGUGUCGCGUUGUCCUUCCCCAAGUCGAUGAAGUUGGAGAAUAACGCCGGAGAUCUUCGAGGUUCCCCCCAUGUGUCUGGUGUGACAAGAUCGCCAUACAACCUCACCAAGCCUAGCUCAUGCAUGUUGCGAGAACAACGCUUCUCCAGGAUCUUCAUCGGAACAUUAGCAACAUCUGAAGCAGCAGGUAAUUCAGAAGAGGCACUUACAGCUGGUGUUAACACACGCCAAAGUCGAGAGACGUGGAACACUGUAAGGAUAGAAGAAUCAUGUUCGUAUAUAACUUCUUUCACUCGUCUAAUCACUGGGUAGGGUCCAAAGAACUUGAAACUGAACUUGUGGUUAGCAUUGCGUGCCAUUGACGUCUGAACAUAUGAUUGCUGCUUCAAUCAAACUUGAUCACCCACA